GACUACGAAUUUGUAACAAUAGAUUUGUCCAAGGGCGAGCAGAAAUCGGCCGAGUUCAAGAAGAAACAGCCGUUCGGCGUCAUUCCUGUGCUGGAAGACGAGGAUGUUGAGCUUUUCGAAUCCCGAGCCAUCGCACGAUACGUCGCUGAUAAGUACGCUGAACAAGGCACGAACCUCCUCGGCUCCACCCUCAAGGAGCGCGCCCUGGUGAAUUUGUGGCUGGAAGUGGAAUCUCAGAACUACAACCCCCCUAUCUCUGGGCUGAUAGCUGAGAAGAUUUUCAAGCCUAGGAAGGGACUGGCUACAGACGAGGCCAAGGUAGCUGAAUACAAGGCAAAGCUCUCUCAAGUCCUUGACGUCCCGUCCCUCUCGCACUCGUCCCUCUCGCACUCGUCCCUCUCGCACUCGUCCCUCUCGCACUCGUCCCUCUCGCACUCGUCCCUCUCGCACUCGUCCCUCUCGCACUCGUCCCUCUCGCACUCGUCCCUCUCGCACUCGUCCCUCUCGCACUCGUCCCUCUCGCACUCGUCCCUCUCGCACUCGUCCCUCUCGCACUCGUCCCUCUCGCACUCGUCCCUCUCGCACUCGUCCCUCUCGCACUCGUCCCUCUCACCCUCAUCCCUCUCACAUGCCUGCUUCCCUCCCCAUGCUCCCCCUCUCAGGUGCGUUGGGAAUGUGCGCCCUGGCCUGCCAGGGGGUGCUGCUGCUGUGAUCGGCCUGGACAGGAGGACAGACGCCAAGGCACUGGAGGUGCGUGUGUGUGUUGUCUCUGCUGGCAGCAACACCAUGGCCAUAGCAUUGCGGGGAGCUGCUGCUGUGAUCGGUCUGGCUGGGCAGGAGGACAGACGCCAAGGCACAGGCAGGGGAGCUGCUGCUGUGGUUGGUCUGGACAGGAGGACAGACGCCAAGGCACUGGAGGUGCGUGUGUUGGUGACAGCACCAUGUCAUGUGGGUGGGUGGGUUCAGUCUUCAGAGUUGGGGAGGUGUGCUCUAGCAAGAGGAGCUGCUGCUGUGGUUGGCCUGGACAGUAUACUUGUGCAACGAGACGAGUUACUCGCUCGGUAUCAGGCAGGGGGACACCCCAGCAUGGCGUGGCUGGGCCAGCUCCCCGGGUGCACUGUGAACCAUGCUGAGAGAACCGCUCUGCUGCAGCUGCCACUCUCCACAACAAGUGACGGUGGUGCUGACAGCAGCAGGGAGUGCAAGGAGAGCAGCAGGGGGCACGGCAGCAGCACGGGAGUCCAAGCCCCUGUGCUGGCUCUGGAUCUGUCCGCGUUACAGGCUGUGGGCAGGCACAACGCGGAGAAUGCGGCUGUAGCGGCGCUGCUGUGCCUGGCGCUGGGGAUGGAGAGCAGUGGAGUGCGGUUGGACGGGGUGCAGAUUGCAGUGAAGGUGUUGCAGCCACCACCACACCGCAUGGAGCUGGUGGUUGUGGACGGUCAGGAUCGUGCGUGGAUCAACGACAGCAAGGCCACCAACGUGGAGGCAUCGACGGCUGGGAUCGAAGGGCUGGGAGAUGAAUCCACGGCUGUUAUUCUGCUGGGAGGAAUAGCUAAGGUGUGA